AAUCCACAGCUAUAGCUGUGGACUAUAUAAUAAGUAACAUGGUUUUAAGCUGCUUGAAUGGCAGUCUCUGGUUGCAAAUGCAGAAAGGAUGUCGCGCUGGUUUAAAAUUUCGUUAAGGAGAUGAGGGUUCUGACUCCCACUACUGGCAAAUGUACAUUCUCCGGUAACAAAAUCGAAAAUUACAGAGCAAGAUGGCUGUAUCAGAGAGACUUUAGGUCCUGUUGUGUUUUUUGUUUUAUGGAGACUUGACUAUCUUCCACCAUUCCAGAUGCAGCGACACAGCUUGUUGGCUUCAGAAUUCACCACCAAGAUAGGAUUGCUGAAUAUUUCCAAGGCAGAGGAGGUGGACUAUGCUUUAUGAUAAACUCCCUGUGGUAUACAAACGGAGCGGUACUGCUCACCCUACUUGGAACACCUCAUGGUCAAGUGUCGUCCAUUUUAUUUGACACAGGAGUUUUCAGCCAUGUACAGUAGCAGUGUACCACAGUGUAAAACAGGCAAACUGAACGAUGUAAUCAACAGGCAUGAAACAGUGCACUUGAGGUCUUCCCCAUCAUUUUGGGGGGAUUUAAACCAGGCUAGUGUGAAAAAGUCUCUAAAUAAUUACUACCAACAUAUCACUUGUACUACCAGAGGAAACAACACACUGGACCACUGCUACACCGCCAUCAAGAGAGCCUACUGUGCUAUCCCACACCCUCACUUCAGAAAGUCUGAUCACCUGGCUGUACUUCUACUCCCUGAGUAUCUGCAGAGACUGAAGACUGCAGCACCAGUAGUGAGGACCAGGAAGGGAGGCACAUGACUGCUUUGAGUCAGUGGACUGGACUGUAUUCAGGGAUUCAUCUUCGAGUAUGAAUGAAUACACCACAGCUGUCACUGACUUCUUUAAACUUGUGUGAAUGAGUAUGUCCCUACCAGAACUUACUGUACAUACCCAAAGCUGUGGAUAAACCAGGAGGUUUGACGUCUGCUGAGAGCUAGAUCUGUGGCAUUUGGGACUGGUGAUCCAGGACCAUACAAGAAGGCCAGGUAUGAACUGUGGAGGGCUAUCUCAAGAGCAAAGGAACAAUUCUGAACAGGGUGGGAGGCGGAAUCAGAUGCACGUCAUAUCUAGCAGGUAGGGUUUUCAGGCCUUUACUGCUUACAAAGCAAAACCCAACAUCAUGACUAUCAGUGAUGCUUCACUCCCAGAUGAGCCUAACACCUUUUAUGCUCGCUUUGAAAAGGAGAAUAAAACCACAGCUAGGAUCUCUGCAGCACCUGGUGACCCUGUAAUCUCUGUCUUGGAAUCUGAAUUUCCCAGCUGCUUCAAAAGGGCAACAAUUAUACCAGUGCCCAUUAAGAGCAGGGUGAGCUGCCUUAACAACUAUUGUCCAAUAGCACUCACAUCUACAGUGAUGAAGAGGUUGGUUAUGUCUAGAAUCGUCUCCUGCCUCAGCAAGGACCUGGACCCACAGCAAUUUGCCUAUGGCCACAAUAGGUCUGCAGCGGAUGUGAUCUCAUUGGCUUUGGAUUACUUGGACAAUACUAAUACUUAUGUCAGGAUGCUGUCUGAAAGGUCUGAUUGAAAAACACCAAAACCUGGGCUUCUGUACCUUCUUCUGCAACUGGAUCCUGUACUUCCUCAUCGGCAGACCACAAUCUGUGUGGAUUGGAAGCUACAUCUCCUUCUGGUUGACAGUCAACACUGGCACGCCACAGGGAUGUGUGCUUAGCCCACUGCUGUACUCUCUCUACAGCCAUGGCUGCGUGGCAGAACUGUCAUUGGCAGAAUUUCAGAUGGUGGCGAGAGGACGUACAGGAGCGAGACAGAUCAGCUGGUGGAGUGGUGUCACAGCAACAACGUUGAACUCAACAUCAGUAAGACCAAGGAACUGAUUGUGGACUCCAGGAAGGGCUAGAUAAGUGCAGGCUGGAUGCAGUUUGACAUUCGGUAAGGAGAACUUGUGGAGGACAACAUAGAACCAGAUAGAGAUUAAUUCAACCAAAGACUUCUCACAGGCCUGUGAUGAGCAGGCAACCGUUGGGGAAUAAAAUGAUGCCAGACCAACGUAUUGUUUCUGUGCUUCUGCCAAACAAUGAACAACUUGAAAUCCUGGUUGGGGUCCAAUUCCCCCUGCAAAUGUCUGUCAGUCUAUGUCUCAGAAUCUUAGAGUCAAACAGCACAAAAAAGGCAAAGAUAAAAGAUACAGUUCAGCAACUCUACAGUCAAGUUUGUGACAUACUAAAGAUCCGCGAUGAUCACUUCUUGGGACUGAGUGUGGUACAGAACAAUGAACACAUUUUCAUGGACUUGGAGCAGAAGCUAAACAAAUAUUUUCCCAAGGAAUGGAAGAAAGAAACAAGCAAAAACGAUGAAAAGGUUGGCUCUCCAUUUGUCGUUUGUUUAAGAGUGCAGUACUAUGUAGAAAAUGGAAAAGUAAUAAGUGACAAGAAGGCAAGGCACUUCUAUUAUUGCCAACUCAAAGAGCAAGUCUUGAACUCUAGCCGCACAAGCAGAGAAGAAGCCUAUUUUUUGCUUACGGCGUAUGCAUUGCAGGCUGACUUGGGAAAUUACAAAAAGAAUGUGCACACUGGGAGCUACUUUGAACCUCGGUGUUAUUUCCCUGAAUGGGUAAUUAGAAAAAGGGGCUGUGAGUAUAUUUUGAAGCAUGUUCCAAAAAUGCAUAGAGAGCAGCGUGGACUGACUUCGAAGGAGGCGAUGCUAAGGUUUAUUAAAGAGGCUUGUCUUUUAGAGGAUGUGCCUGUUCAUUACUACCGGCUUCAGAAAGACAAAAAGGAAGAGCAUCCCUCAGUUGUGCUUGGACUCACUUUGAAAGGCAUGCAUAUCUAUCAGGAGAUUCACAAUGUCCGACAUUUGUUGUACGACUUUCCCUGGUCAAAUAUUGGCAAGCUAACUUUUCUGGGAAAGAAAUUUGAGAUCCAGCCGGAUGGUUUGCCCUCGGCUCGGAAGUUGAUCUAUUACACAGGCUGUCCGUUCCGAUCCAAGCAUCUCCUGCAGCUCCUCAGCAAUAGUCACCGGCUCUAUAUGAACAUUCAGCCUGUGCUCAGACAGAUCCGGAAAAUGGAAGAAACAGAAGAUAAAAAGCGCUACAGGGAAUCGUAUAUCAGUGAUACCUUUGAGAUGGAUCUCGAACGACUAGAUGCACAUUCCCAUGGCAGUGGGAGCAGCCAGGGAAGCGGAAGGAACAAAUGUCCCUCUCGUCAGUCAACGGUCAGCCACAGCAGUUCACACACCUCUGGAAUUGAGGCAGAUUCAAGAUACCGAAUGUCUGAAGAAAUGGCAGUGGAUGAGCCAUUGUCCAGUGAAGCUGUGCACAGUACGGCUCAAUCCUGUAGUUCUAUGAUGAGCUGUGGAAGCUCCCAUACAUCAGGAAUUGGGAGCAACAACAAAUAUCGAACAGAGAAUAAUGAAGAGGAGGUACCUAUCAAUACUUCACGAAGGAUACCACAUUCAAACAGUUUGAUUGAAGGUGAAUCUGUUGACAACUCCCUUGAAGAAAGGGAUUACCAACAAGGCGAGUCAGAAACUGGUAUUAGUACUGAACUCAUUGAGAGUUUAUGUGAUCUUUCAGUAAAACUUCAAGGGCAAAGUGUCAACACACUCUCACAGGCCUCACGUUCUAAGCCAAGAAACUCAACUGAUCGGCACAGUCAGAGUUUAGAUGAUGUACGCUUGUACCAACGACAACCACCUUUGUGCUCUACUUUGUCUUCAGACAACUCUCAGAGCUACACUUUUGGCUGUAUCAAUGAGGACAAGGACAGCCAAUUUUGUUAUACUUAUUCCACAGCAGAUUGUAAGACCAAGUCCACUUUCUAUAGUAAACGUUCAAUGAACUGUCUGUCCUUGGAUCUUCUUGGAGAUGAACAACUAAGAGAAUUUUUGGUAUAAUUAAAGACUGUAUAAGUACAGUGGAUAUGUUCACCAGCAAAACUUGGACUGAUCUACUUUGACUGUUAAAGAAGGAACGCAAAAUAUCCUCCAGUAAGAGCCCACACUGAGUGAACAUCCAAAAACUUGAUCCUGAAAGUAAUUAUUGCAAAUACCUUAAUGGAUUAUUUUAUACCUCAUCAUCCUAGCUGAAGACUCGCUGUCAGAACCAGCAGCACUUAUUUUGGAACUUGCUGUGGUAAUGCUGUAAUGAAUUUUAUACUUAAUUCAUAUUUCAGCAACGAACACAUUUUUUUCAUGGCGACUUCUGCAAGCAAUUUGACAUUUGCCCAAAUAAGAAAAAUGCAGAUAGUGCAGCAAAUUUGUGAGGUAUUCCAAUAAUGUUGAAUUGGGAAGCUGUGAAUUAUAUAGAAUGGAAGUAGAAUUAGUUCCACUGAGAUACAGUGAAAAACUUUUGUUUGCAUGCCAUCCUGACAGAUCACCUUCAUUUGUUAAUCCUUCAGCAAUAAGACCAAAUUGUAUUUCAGGAGUAAGCUAACCUGAAAGUUAACUUUUAACAAACUAUUCAGCAAGGAUAGAAUUUUUUUUCAGAAAAUUAUUGACUGUUUUAUUUUUACAUUCCUCUCUGCUUUAAAGAGGAAUUUAAAUAGUGUGCUAGUAGGUACCAAUGAAUGAUUAUACUUAUUUUACAGAAAUCUUUAACUGGUGGUAAAAGGACUGAUGCUUCAAAUGACAAUAAUUACUCCACAUCCCAGUUAUUACUUUUGCAUUACUGCAGAAUGAUGAACAACUGAGUUAGAAAGGACAAUAGAAGUCCAGUCAUGAUGGGUAAUACUGUGGUAAUAUUGCGUAACAAGGAAUGUGUGACAACGCUUGCAGAUUGACCACAGCACAUCUCUAGGCUGUAUUGGUUGUCAACACAAACAAUGCAUUUCACUGUAUGUUUCAACGUACAUGUGAUAACUAAAUCUGACUCUAGAGGUGGCAGACCAAGUAUCCACCUCAAUGACUAAAUAGUCAGGGGUGGCCACCCUUCUACAUUCCAUGCGUCAAUUUUUUCACGCUCGAGUUCAGAUGCGAUUUUUUUACACACGAGUUUUAUAUUAACAUAUUUUUACAAGAAUUGAAUGGGGUUACAAGAGUUAUAUGGCGCAUCUGAGCUCGUGAAUGAAAAAAUUGACGCAUGGAAUGUAAAAGGUUGGCCACCCCUGAAAUAGUUUCAAGUAAAAUUGUAUUGAAACUACAAAAAUCAUCAUUCUUAAAAUGGAGGGAAAGAAUCUCAGUCCAGUCCAAAAUGUCGACAGUUUAUUCCUCUCCAUAGAUGCUGCCUAACCUCCUCCAACAUUUUUGGUGUGUCACUCAGGAAAGAAUCCAUUGCAGCUUCAUAUUCCUGCCUAUCUCUUGAUGUUACUUUUUCUGUUUCCACUGAUCUAGUGAUAGAGUUGUGAUAUAGUUUGUGAUAAACUGAGCCAGAUUGUGCUGGUAUAUUCUGCAGGUAUUCAUUUGAAACAAACUUUUCAGUAAUAUUGUAACGUAAAAAGUCAAAUUGUAUGAAUUAUCACCCCUCUCUCACCCCUCAGACAAUGAAUCAGUCCAAAGCAGCAAGGAAAGGCUUCAAUAUCCACUACUUAGAGUGGCUUAACAGCAAUACUACUGACUAGGUUGCAAUCACUGAAAUGGGGCAGAGGGCAAAUUGAAGAGAAAGAUAUAAACCCACUGAUAUAAUCUUCACAGAUCUACAUUAUCAAAGUAUAUGCCUUUGACAACAUUGCAGGUGAUGGACCAUCACAGAAUCCUCAUGGAAAGAAAUGCCAUGGUCUUGUUGAUUUCUCUAGUGGCUGCAAGCUGGGGAACCACGAGUCACUGUAAUCCAUCAGAAAGAACAAAAUUGUACUUCACCACAUCCUGUAACCUGGAUGAACCAUAUACCUCAUUCAAGUAUCAAUGUCAAACUAAUGUCUGUUUUCUCAUGGAGACAUGAGAAACAGCAUCAAACAUAUCUGAAAAUGGGAGCUGUUUCAGUGAAACUGCAAUGGAGGUUGGCAUGCAUAUGAGCACAUUUAAGCAAUCCAACAGCCAACAGAUUGAAUCAAAACUUGUCUUGCAGUGUUGACACAAGAAAGCUGCUGAACUAAGGAGAAAACUCCAUGAUAGCAUGAGUGUAAAAGAUGAGGCUGAACUGUUUGCUCCCAUCUUUAGCUAUACAAGGGCAGAGUAGAUGGAAUGAUCCAAUCCAGAUUCUUCAAGAACAUUGCAUUCAAGAACAUUCAUGCCAUUCAAUAACUACUUGAAAUCGAUAAAGUACUCAGUGCAUUGGUGCAACAAACAUUUUGUAAUAUCACAAUUUCAGAGCUGAAGCUCUAUGCCACAGAAUCAGCUGCACAAAUAGCCACAUAUAGUACAGUUACAACACUUGGGUGCACAUACAAAGUAGAAAAUUGAUCAUUCAGCCUUGCUUACAUAAAAAUGUGGCAGAUCCAUUCUUAGGCUGAUGUAAAAAAGCUUGUAAAGCAUCACAUUCCACCCACCCAUCCCUCUCUUCCUCACUUCUCAGACAAUGAAUCGGUCCAGGGCAGAAGAAAAAACUUCAAUAUCCACUACUGAGAGUGGAAUUAAUUCUCCGUUUAGCCAAAUAACCCAUGUGGCACAUCUUAGUUUAUAUUGUUUUAACGCCACUUGGUUUUGAUUUCAUUAAAACCUUGGUCUCAACUUGGAUAGAAGAGUUGAAUUCCAGAAGACUGACAUAAAAACAGAAAUUAUUGGAUUGUUACAUCAAUGGGAAUCAGGGUAGCAAUUCCUUAAAAACAACUUGGGACAUGUACAGCAGGUACACAGAACCACCAAUACCUCCAAGUUGUCUACCAAGCCAUAAACCUCAACAUAUAUUGCCUAUUCGUGCCCAGCAGCGCCUAACCUAAUAUCACUCUUGACAGUAGCUUCACCACAGACUGCAGUCCUUCAAGUUUUAUUAUCAGCUUCUCAAGGUCAGCUACGAAUGGGCCAUGAAUGCUGCCUUCCUAAAAAUAUACACAACUUGAGUAUGAAAAAGAAUUUCCUGAACAAAAAAAAGUAAGACUUAAUAUGAGGAAUUGCAUUGCCAUGCUUUUCAGAGCAGCCUUGAUGCUGAUGUGUGCCUAACUGCCUUAAAAGUUCUUCAGAGUAAGAGAAUAUAUGACAGUAAUGCUAAUAUUGCAAUGCAGUCUACUGAAAAGUUAGCAAUAUAGACCAAAUUACCACAAUAUAGUACAGCAACACACACAAAAUGCUGGUGGAAUGUAGCAGGCCAGACAGCAUCCAUAGGAAGAAGCACAGUCAACGUUUCGGGCCGAGACCCUUUGUCAGGACUAACUGAAAGAAGAGAUAGUAAGAGAUUUGAUAGUGGAAGGGGGAAAGGGGAGAUCCAAAAUGAUAGGAGAAGACAGGAGGGGGAGCGAUGAAGCUUGAUUGGCAAAAGGGAUACAAGGCUGGAGAAGGGAGAGGAUUGUGGGAUGGGAGGCCUAGGGAGAAAGAAAGGGGGAGGGGAGCACCAGAAGAAGAUGGAGAGCAGGCAAAGAGUUAUUGUGAGAGGGACAGAGAGAGAAAAAAGAGUUAGUCCUUUCAGUUACUCCUGACGAAGGGUCUUGGCCCGAAACAUCGACUGUGCUUCCUAUGGAUGCCAUCUGGCCUGCUGUGAUCCACAAGCAUUUUGUGUGUGUUGCUUGAAUUUCCAGCAUCUGCAGAUUUCCUCGUGUUUACAAUAUAGUAUAAAUGGAUGAUUUGAAGUUGAGAGUUCAGAUACUGAGAUGAAGAGAGGCAGAAUUAUUUCCUGUCCUUAUUAUAUUUAUUACUUUGUAAUGUGCUUGUUUAAAAAAACCUUUAGAGUGAUGAUUAUUCAUCCUUCUGAAAUGGAACUGAGCAUCUAGUCUGUGUCUUUGUCCUUUCUCCAUAUUCUUCUGUACUUUCUCCUUUUACAUGUUUACCUAGUUGUUAGUGAAGCUCUCUCCAAGUAAUUUGCAUUACAUUCUAAUGCCCCUCCUAUGUAAGAAUUCGGCCUUAUCUUCCCUAUUCACAAUGGUUUGAGUGCUUUGUAAAUGAUAAACAUUCGGUCUAGGUCGCAUUUUAGUUAAUAUUCACUGUUUUCUCUCUGUGACUUCCUUUGAAGUCGUCUUCUUUGGCUGUUCAUCGAUUUCAAUGUUGACUGAGGCCUGGGCAAGGUUGUAUGGAAGACUGGCAGUUGCCCAUGCUGCAAGUCUCCCCUCUCCACGCCACCAAUGUUGUCCAAGGGAAGGGCACUGGACUCAUACAGCUUGGCACCAGUGUCGUUGCAGAGCAAUGUGUGGUUAAGUGCCUUGCUUAAAGACACAACACAUUGCCUCAGCUGAGGCUUGAACUAGCGACCUUCAGAUCACUAGACCGACGCCUUAACCACUUGGCCACGCGCCAACAUGAGGUCCUUUGCGGUACUCUGUAACUGAAUGCCUACAUCCUGACAUAUGUUGCCUGCAACCUGACAGUACAUGAGCAGCUAGGAUAAAUCAACCAGGUUAAAAAUGUUAAUAUUAUUUACAUUUUUUUCCUUAUAAGCCAAAUAUUUUCUCCUAAACUCCCUUCCCUUUCUCAAUUGCCAUACAGACUUGCUUUCUUUUCCUUCUUCAUGUACUUUCUUGUUCACUUAAUCAAACACACACACAUUGGCUGUGCUAGUAUGUUGUGAACUGAGGAGCUGAAUGUGCAAGCUGUUGUAUAAUGAGUUAUUUAUAUUUCUUUCAAACCUGUAAUAUGUUCUUAUAAGACAUAAUAAUAAUACUUUUUACCUAGUUUGUAGAUUUGGAAAAACUGUAUGUACACUUUCUCGAGGAUUGCUUUAAAAUGCUGAAGAACAAUCAUGUUAUAUUGUUUAGAACUUUAUUACAGUAUUAUAAAUAAGCACUGGUAAUUAUGCAAGUUAUCAUGUUUAUUUAGAUGUUGAAGAAAUAGAUUAUGUUUGUCUAAACCCCUAUUAUAUUUGCUAGGGGGGGUUAAAUAUUUGUAAUAUAGAAUAGUCGAACUGUUAUUUGUAUACACUAAGGAUCUAGUUUUAAGUCUAAAAUAUUUUAUAUUCACUGACACCCUUUCCAUGAAAGGACCUUUAUUAUGCAGAUAAAAUAAAACAUCAAACUUAAAAUUUCUUGGUGUAUUUUUCCCAGAUUGGGCAGGUAAAUAUCUACACAGUUCUUCAGCUGUUUUGUUACU